AUGGAAGAUUUAAUGAGAAUCCAUCAUAUAAAGUUCACUUCUUUCCUCUUUCAAACAUGUCUUAUUCUGCUCUUAUUUCCCAUUGUUAGUUCUUCACAAGAGCACCACAAAAUUAAAGACAACCACAUUAAGAUGAGUCCAAGACUUCAAUUUGAAAUUACAUUACAUGGCUUUCUUCUUUGGGCUUCAAUGGGAUUCUUGAUGCCUGUUGGUAUACUUGCAAUUAGACUAUCAAAUAGAGAAGAAAAUCCAAGGUGGCUUAGAAUUUUAUUCUAUCUUCAUACAAUUUUGCAGAUGGUUGGUGUAGUUGUUGCCACAACAGGAGCAAUCAUGUCUAUAAAAAAUUUCAACAACCUCUUCAACAAUAAUCAUCAAAGAUUAGGGGUUGCACUUUAUGGUAUUAUAUGGCUUCAACUCCUACUUGGUAUCUUUAGACCACAAAGGGGAUCCAAAAGAAGAAGUGUGUGGUUUUUUGCACACUGGAUACUUGGAACUGCACUCACAUUCUUGGGUGUUUUGAAUGUAUACGUUGGUUUAGCAGCUUACCAUGAAAAAACCUCAAAAGAAAAAUGGUUCUACAUACAAAAACAAAGAGUGGUUUUGAGCAAUGAAGAAAAUGUUCCAAAGGAGAUGGUAUCCAAGGUUGGAACUUGUUAA